AUACAGAGUUUUUACAGCAAGCUGCUUUAGAAGAAUAUGGUCCAGAGCUUCAUGUGGCUUUGAGAAGUCGAAGAGAUGAAUUACACUAUUUAAGGAAGCUCACUGAAUUACUUUUUCCUUAUAUUUUGCCUCCUAAAGCGACAGACUGCAGAUCCCUGACCUUACUUAUGAGAGAGAUCCUAUCUGGUUCUGUGUUCCUUCCUUCUUUGGAUUUUCUAGCUGAUCCAGACACUGUAAAUCAUUUGCUUAUCAUCUUCAUAGAUGACAGUCCACCUGAAAAAGCAACUGAACCACCUUCUCCUUUGGUUCCGUUCUUGCAGAAAUUUGCAGAACCUAGAAAUAAAAAACCAUCUGUGCUGAAGUUAGAAUUGAAGCAAAUCAGAGAACAACAAGAUCUUUUAUUUCGUUUUAUGAACUUUCUGAAACAAGAAGGAGCAGUGCACGUGUUGCAGUUUUGCCUGACUGUUGAGGAAUUUAAUGAUAGAAUUUUACGACCAGAGUUAUCAAAUGAUGAAAUGUUAUCUCUUCAUGAAGAGUUGCAGAAGAUUUAUAAAACGUAUUGUCUGGAUGAAAGUAUUGACAAAAUUAGAUUUGAUCCUUUCAUUGUAGAAGAAAUUCAAAGAAUUGCUGAAGGCCCGUACAUAGAUGUUGUGAAACUUCAAACUAUGAGAUGUCUAUUUGAAGCAUAUGAACAUGUUCUUUCUCUCUUGGAGAAUGUGUUUACCCUUAUGUUCUGCCACAGUGAUGAGUAUUUCAGACAACUUUUAAGAGGUGCAGAAUCACCAACACGCAAUUCAAAAUUCAACCGAGGUAGCCUAAGUUUGGAUGACUUUCGAAGCACACAGAAAAGGGGAGAAUCAUUUGGAAUCAGCAGAAUAGGCAGCAAAAUUAAAGGCGUAUUCAAGAGCACCACAAUGGAGGGAGCUAUGUUGCCUAAUUAUGGUUUGGCUGAAGGUGAAGAUGAUUUUAUUGAAGAAGGAAUUGUUGUGAUGGAAGAUGAUUCUCCAGUAGAAGCUGUGAGCACACCUAAUGCUCCCCGAAACCUUGCUGCAUGGAAAAUUAGCAUUCCAUAUGUAGACUUCUUUGAAGAUCCUUCCUCAGAGAGGAAGGAGAAGAAGGAGAGAAUUCCUGUGUUUUGUAUUGAUGUUGAAAGAAAUGAUAGAAGAACAGUUGGGCAUGAGCCUGAACAUUGGUCUGUUUAUAGAAGAUACCUUGAAUUCUAUGUUCUUGAAUCAAAACUAACAGAAUUUCACGGCACAUUUCCUGAUGCCCAGCUUCCAUCCAAGAGGAUCAUUGGCCCCAAAAAUUAUGAAUUUUUAAAGUCAAAGAGAGAAGAAUUUCAGGAAUACCUACAGAAACUUCUACAACAUCCAGAACUGAGUAAUAGUCAACUUUUGGCAGAUUUUCUCUCCCCUAAUGGUGGGGAAACACAAUUUCUUGAUAAGAUACUACCAGAUGUAAAUCUUGGGAAAAUUAUAAAGUCUGUUCCUGGAAAACUAAUGAAAGAGAAAGGUCAGCAUUUGGAACCUUUCAUCAUGAAUUUCAUUAAUUCUUGUGAAUCUCCAAAGCCUAAACCAAGUAGACCAGAACUGACCAUUCUCAGCCCUACUUCAGAAAACAACAAGAAGAAUAAUGCAAACCGUGCUGAGAAUGUAGAGAGAAAACAAAAUCAGAAUUAUUUUAUGGAGGUGAUGACUAUAGAAGGAGUCUAUGAUUACCUGAUGUAUGUAGGACGGGUGGUUUUCCAGGUUCCUGACUGGCUUCAUCAUCUAUUAAUGGGAGCUCGAAUCCUCUUUAAAAACACCCUGGAAAUGUAUACUGACUACUAUCUUCAGUGUAAACUAGAACAGCUAUUUCAGGAGCAUCGUUUGGUUUCACUCAUAACACUGCUCAGAGAUGCUAUAUUCUGUGAAAACACCGAACCUCGCUCUCUCCAAGAUAAGCAAAAAGCAGCAAAAAAGACUUUUGAAGAAAUGAUGAAUUACAUUCCAGAUCUGAUAGUCAAAUGUAUUGGUGAAGAAACAAAGUAUGAAAGCAUCAGACUUCUAUUUGAUGGUUUACAGCAACCAGUACUCAACAAGCAGCUUACUUAUGUUUUAUUGGACAUUGUGAUACAAGAACUGUUUCCAGAGCUCAAUAAGGUGCAAAAGGAAGUUACCUCCAUGACGUCCUGGAUGUAAACAUUUAGAUUUGGUAUAGAAUAACUAUUUGAAAUUUUAUCAUACUAGUGUAAUAGAAAUGUACUUGUUUUUCUUUUACUAUUGUAUAUUCUUGUAUAUAUUAUGUACUUCAGUGUCCAAAAUUGGCUAUUUUUUGUUUUAAUAAAGACUAACAUAAACUUAAUGGUUAAAUGUGAUUAGGUUUAAUAGCUAUUCAUUUUAUACCUAUUUUCUAAAUUUUACAAGAACAUAUGUCACUUAUUGCCAUUUUUUAAAGAGAAAAUUGAUAAUCUCUUUAGGGCAAACAGAUAAGGUUGAUAAUCUUUGUAUUGUAUCACUUUGAAAGAAAUUGUUUAGUAUGGAAAAAGAAUAAGAGGUGACUUUCCAGUUUUAUGUUAAUACAUUAGAUUUGUUUUUCUGUUUUUUCAUGUUGUACAUAGUUAAUUAUGUCUGUAAAUAAAUUUCUUGUAUGAGAUUUCUAUAA